GCUUUGAACUAUGUAUAGAAAAUAUUGUGGAAAAGAAUUGUAAUUGUUCGCCUACCAUGUCAAAUGUUAAUCUAGGACUCUGGAUUUGCGAUGAAAUCGAAGAGCUACAGUGUAUGGCGCAUGCUGAAAAGGGUACGGAGAACUGCAGCUGUAAGGACCCUUGCAGCGAAAUACAAUAUGCUACAUUCCGUUCCAUGACAACAUGGCCAGGAAAAAGUUAUGUAGGAGUACUAGAUGCAAUUCUUAAACAGAGAGGUGUGGCGUAUCAGGAUAUGAGGGAAAGCCUAUUAUUUAUCAACAUAUAUUUUUCUUCCCUCCAAGAGGAAAUAACCGAAGAGGAACUUGCGUAUACGGUUGAGAACUUUUGGUCAGAUAUUGGAGGAUCUCUUGGCCUAUGGGUCGGCAUGUCUGUAAUUAGCCUUGGUGAAAUUCUAGAGCUUGGAAUUCUUAUUUUACGAUUCAUUAAGAAGCGAAGUGUCCGGUUGCUUACUACAGAAUUGAAAAGAACUGCAGCUGAAGACAAACUGAAUGAUGGUUUGAAUCAGAUCAUAAAAGGUUUUAAUGAUAUGAAUGACGAGAUACAGCAAGAAGGGAGAACUGAAUUUAAUGAUGGUUUGAAUAAAAUUAUCAAUAGCAUCAAUAUUCUUACUUCAGAGCAACAAUCACGCGAAAAUGACCAGAAUGGUAACUAUAGUGAUUCGGUGGUUAAAAACGUUCAACCCGAACAGUACAAUGUGUUUGCAGAUCACGUGCUGUAGUGGAAGUAUGAACAUGUCAUAUAUAUAGUUAUAUUAAUUAUAUGUAUAGAUAUAUAACUCAUGCACUGUUAAGGACUCAUAAACAAUGUUUAAAUAUGUCAGAUAUUUCAGUUAGAAAAGACUUGUAUGUUAUUUUUCCUGAUUUGAUUUGCUUAACAUAAGAAGGAGUUCGUCGAAAGUAACAAUGACUAAAACCCUUUGCAUUUAGACAUUUUAGAAAAGUACAAAAUAUAUACCAUUCAGGAGAAAAGGUGAAUGAGAGAGGCGAAGUCAAGAGUAUAAUUACGGAAAAAACAAUUGUACUCUUAGAUAUGUAUUUUGUGUCUUCUGUUUUUAGUUAGUUGUUUUUAUGCUUUGUAUCGGUCUGAUGAGUUUAGCCAUUUUCAACUGAUUUUUAUACAUGUAGUUGGUUCU